AUGCGGUUUCGUUUUAAAACUUUCGACGGGGACGCAGCCCUGCGCCUGAGUGUACGUCGCCUCACCUCCCCCUUCGCAUUCGAUGAACUUGGCAGACCAAUCUCAAGAGGCCUCUACGACCCCGCCUUAGGUCCUUCUUCGUAUAAGGAUGGGCCAUGUCCGACCUGCGGCUUGGGAUACAUCAACUGCCCCGGCCAUUUCGGUCAUAUUGAACUGCCUGUACCUCUUCCCAACCCGUUGCUUAUCAAGCUCAUCAUCCAAAUAAUGAAAUGCUCAUGUUGGAAUUGCCAAUGUCUGCGUAUGAACCCCAGAGAUCUUAAGUUGCAUUUGGCACGUUUGUACUUUGAGGACGCCGGCAUGCCAAAGUGCGCCCACGCUGCUUGGAAAGAAGCAGCAGCUGCAAACCGAUUACUGAAGCUACGCUCUGUGGGGUGGAAACACACCCAAGAUAUCAUCUUGAAGUUUAUGGCUGCUUGUCCUAAUUGCGGCAAGGCGGCUACUUCUGUGAGAGUUGGUGGUCGCGGCCGCCUGUUUUACUCUGAAUCCAGCACGCAGAUAUUGUUGUCGCCGACCGAGAUUGAAAGCCACAUCGCUGCCUUAUGGAAGACCUACCCUAGCCUGUUUGAAUUACUCUUUGGUUUACAGGGGAGGUCUCUGGAUGCCGUUGGGGAGUCUUCGGGGCAUCGGCGCUUAUUUGUCAAAGUUGCGCUUGUCCCCCCCUCGAGAUUUCGGCCGACUCAAACCGUAGGGACCAUGGACUAUGCUUCUGAGCACCCGCAAAACAUCUUUUUCCAGCGGAUUCUCACGGAAAUUGAAGUCAUUAUGAAGGCUAACGAGCAAGGACCGUCAAAGAAGAGGUUUGCAGAAGCCAUGAGCAACAUGCAAGAGGCCUUGGGAGACCUCUAUGACAGCGCUGGCAUGUCUGCAAGCUCUGGACGGGUGCAAAUGACAGGUAUUCGACAACAAAUUGAGGCCAAGGCUGGGCUUUUUCGAAAGCACAUGAUGGGAAAACGCGUCAAUUAUAGUUGUAGAUCUGUAAUCGGUCCAGACGUCUUCCUCGAUACGAAUGAGCUUGGGAUACCAGAGAGCUUUGCGAAACUUUUGACAGUCCCCGAGCCUGUCAUCGCAACAAACUUAAAGGAAAUGCAAGCUGCUGUGCUGAAUGGGCCAGAUGUUUAUCCGGGGGCUGUAGCCGUCGAAGACUGGACAACGACUGGGAAUCACCGUGUUAAUGGCAGCUCAAAAACUAACGGGCUGCACAACGGAGAUGCUGCUUCGGAGGCAGCGGGGAUGAGCGGUAUAAGCUCUGCAGGGACCUCAGUCCCGAAGCGAGUGCACCGUCACCUGAGGACGGGGGACGUGGUUUUAUUUAACAGGCAGCCAACUUUGCAUCGAGUGUCAAUUAUGGCUCACAAAGUCCGUGUCUUACCUAAAGAUCGCACUCUCCGAUUCCAUUAUGCCAAUUGUGGGUCCUACAACGCUGAUUUCGAUGGAGAUGAAAUGAACGUGCAUGUACCACAAGACUAUCUUGCCCGGGCUGAAGCAGAGGAACUUCUGCUUAGCAGCAAACACUACAUCGUCCCAACCUCUGGGGCUCCAAUACGUGGACUGAUUCAAGAUCACAUCGCUGCAGCGACACUUCUGAGUCGGCGAGACACAUUCAUGGAAAGAGAGGAGUUCACGCAAUUUCUAUAUGCCGCCACGGAAAAAUUGAUGAAUUGCCCGGCCAGACAUGGAACAAAGUACAUAAUUCCAGAGCCGGCAUUGUACAAACCGCAGAGGCUAUGGACUGGGAAGCAACUGAUAUCUGCUAUUCUCUUUGUCGUGCGAAACGGACGACCAGGUCUGAACCUUGAAGCCGGCACGCGAACAAAAUCAAAUGUAAUCGGAAAGGAGGAAUCGUUGAUCCUUUUCCGCCAUGGAUUGUUACUACGAGGUGUCAUUGACAAGAGCUCUUUGGGUGCUGCCAUGUAUGGCAUUGUUCACGCGAUUCAAGAAGCAUAUGGUUGUGACGCGUCAGACGCCUUUCUCAGCGCUAUGAGUCGCUUAUGUGUGUUCUUUAUCAGAUCCCAUGGGCAUACAACAGGGGUUGAUGACCUACUAUUGCAAGAGCACGGCGACCUAAAGCGGCGUAAAAUUCUUGCGGAAGCAGCUGAAACGAUAGGAGCUGACGUGACCAAUGCUGUUUACGCAGAGAUGAGCCAAACUGAUCAGCAAGUCAGAACAGCGAAAUCGCUUCCAGAAGCGCGCACACUCAUUGAAGAAAUGAUUCGCAGAGAUGGAAAAGAAGCAGAGGACCGACUUGACACAUCUAUGAAGACGGCCUUAAACAAAGUUUCUUCUGCUAACGGUUUUGCCCUCAUGACCAAUACCGGUGCGAAGGGUUCUGCAGUGAAUUCAGCUCAGAUAUCAUGCCUCUUGGGAUCAACAGUUCUCGAAGGAAAACGAGUUCCCCGAAUGGGAGGAAGUGGUGCAACUUUACCAUGUUUUGCGCCCUUUGAUGCAUCACCCAACGCAGGUGGUUUCGUUUCUGGGCGGUUUCUCACAGGCAUUUCACCACAAGAAUUCUUUUUUCACUCUAUGUCAGGAAGAGAGGGUCUUCUCGAUACGUCUCUCAAAACUGCCAAUUCUGGAUAUCUCCAGCGCUGUCUCAUCAAGCAUCUUGAAGGAAUUCGAUUACAUUAUGACUACACGGUCCGCGACAGUGACCAGACGAUUUUACAAUUCAUAUAUGGUGACGAUGGUAUUGAUCCAUCAAAAUCACGUUGGCUCAACACGAAAAUUGAAUGGCAACUCGCCAACCAGCAGUGUUUGCAAGAUCCAGGUCAAAACUCUUCAAAACGAGUCGUUUCCGAAUCUUUUGAAGCGGCAAUUGAUGCAACUGUAAAACGCUCGACGGCAGGCGAUCGAGAAAGCAUUCGAGAUUUCCUUUAUGAUAGGUAUCGGUCCGCCGCCUUGGAACCAGGCGAAGCUGUGGGUGUGGUAGCAGCUCAAGGAGUAGGGGAGCCAUCUACUCAAAUGACAUUGAAUACGUUUCAUCAUACUGGGUCCAGUUCUGCACAUGUGACGCUCGGUAUCCCUCGUUUGCGAGAACUGCUUAUGACAGCUUCAAAGAACCCAAAAACUCCCUGCAUGAAGUUACCGAUAUGUGCGAAAGAUCCACAACACGGGGCAAAACUCCUCUGCAGGAAGUUACAGAAGAUUAAUUUGCUCGACCUGAUCACUAAUAUAUCAGUUCGUGAGCAAGGAAUCCGACUUUCACCAGGUGAGUGUCAAUGGGCUAUACGGACUUGUGAAAUCCUCUUGCAAUUUCCUCCAGAGAGCCUUUACAAGAAGCAACUUGGACUACAAGUUUUCACGAUUUGGUCAACAAAGAACUCCGGAAAGUGUCGUCCGAUAUCGGUGGAUUUAAGGAAGAGGCGAUAUCAGCCUACGAACAUGUUGCUGAAAGACCAAGAGAAUUACAAGCCGAAUCUUGUGAGGGAGACCAACUGGAGUCUGACAAUGAUGAAACAAGUGAAACAAGUGGUGCUCUGA